AAAGAAAUAAAAAAAAAAAAAAAAAAAAAAUUAUGCAAGCAACAAUGUUCCUCUCUUAUUGCUGGUGGAGAAUAGAAAAAUCGCACUAAUGUAGCAAACAAAAACAUUUUCCUCUUUUUCACAGUUUAGUAAUUAAUACAAAAUGAUCGGCCCAUCGAUCCCUCCGGAUCGCUUGAAGAAAAAACAAAAAGAGGAAGAGAAAACUAGUGGUGAUGAGAUAGUUGUCGCUUUAUCAGACGAUGAAAACACUCAACCUUUGAGUACAGAAAUUGGACCUCAAAUACCGUCUCAUCUACUUAAUAGAACGGCAAACGAACAAAGUGGUGACAAGAUAGAAAUCAACAAACAUGAUACAGAUGAGGAUGAAAAAGCGCCCACAAUGGAAGUGAAAUCAGUUAGAAAGCCACAGACAGACAGUGCUGAAAUCAACAUUUCUGAAGAGGAGGAUCUUGUUGGACCAGCUUUGGCUACUUCACCGCGUUCUACUACACCACCUCUUCCAGCUGCAGUGGAUAAUGUUGUAAAUGCAAAUCCUGAUGACUUUGCCCCUGUUUUGCCACCUGAACUACUGGAAGAACGCCGCCAGCGUCAACAACAUCAGUCUGAAACAGCAACAGUAACAAAUACAGGUGGUGCACGACGACGAGGUCCGAUAGGACCUGCAUUACCGCCUGGUCCUUUACCUUUACCUUUGUCCACACAAAUGCAACCUAGUGAAAGUGACGAUGAUGACCUGGUAGGGCCUGUUUUACCUUCCACUUCUGAAUAUGAUCCGCAAGAAGCUUCAAAAUUAUCGGCUAUUCAAGCGAUUGAACAACGAGCAAGACAAAGUAAAGAAGCCAUGGAAAAGAAAGAACAAGAUAUCCAGAAAGUGGAAAGACCAGAAUGGAUGCUGGUGCCUCCUGAAGUCGACUACCUGAAAAAUGCCAACUCUUCAAGAUCGAGGGGCUUUGCUUCGGGCAGUAGUAGUACAAUGUCAGCAGCAGAACGUGAUUCAACCGCCUGGACAGAAACACCCGCUGAAAGAGAACACCGUUUAGCUGAGGAACAAAGAACAGGUGUCAAGCGCAAAGCUGGUGCAUCGGUUCAUUCUCAAGCACCACCGUCGCAAUUAGAUGAGGUUAAAAGAAGACAAGUAGAAGAAAUUAACAUGCAAACUAGGCCUAUGUCAUUAUUGGAAAUGCAUCAACAGAAUAGAAAGAAAAAGAAGAAGUCUAAACUGACAGAUGAAGAAGAUGUAACAAAACGAGGAUUUGACCGUGAUAAAGACUUAUUAGCGCCUCGACAAAUGGAUACAAAGCAGAAAAAAGAAUUCCUAAAACAGACAGCACAAAUGGGAAGAAAUUUUGGUUAUGGAAGCAGAGGCUCCUUCUUAUAGAUUUGAUACAGACUUUCCCGCCGCCUUGAAAACAACAGAUGAUUAACUAAAAUCAGUGGUGACAGCGAAAGUAUCGACUGAUCAUAUCCUUCAAGUUGCAUUUUAGCGAGCAGGCUGUAAAGAAGAGAUUGUACGGCAUGCUUGGCUUUUAUAACAUAAUCACAGAUUUGUCUCUGUAAUUAUUGAGACAAAAUAGAGGAAGGGUUUCGGACUGGUGCAAAUAAAAUCGAAAAUUAUGGAGGAGACAACUAUAUCAACACCUUUUUUAUUUGUUCCAAAACAUUACAAAGUUAAGUCGGGCUAUCAGAGAAUCAACAGUUUGAGGAGUUCUACUUCUGUAUUAUACAAAAAAAAAAAAA